AUGCCUGAAGGCCGCGCGCCGACGUGGGCCACCUUCAGCGAGCGCGGGGACCGGCGCCUGCCGCCGCCAGCCCGCCUCCCCAGCGGCGCCUCGUUCGGCGAGCGCGGGGACCCGCGUCCACUGCCGCCGAACCGCCUCGGCAGCACCGCCUCGACCUUCAGCGAGCGCGACCUGACGGACGUCGACACGCCGCCGCCGCCACCGCCGCAGUUCCUCGCGAGCGUCGAGGCCGCCGCGAAGACGGCGCCGGGCCGGACGCAGCUGCGCGCGCCGAGCCUGGACACGGCGCUCUCGGUGACGGACGUCGACCUCGGCGCCGUGCUGCUGGGCGACGAGUCGAGCGACGACGACGACGACGAUUAUGAGGCGCCGGCGCCCUACAACCAAUUGCAGAAGCGGAAGCCCCCGGCGCCGGCGCCGCGCUUUUCGCGGGCCGUGUGCCAGUUCGUGCCGCUCGAGUCGGAGAACGCCGCCGAGCGCCACGUCGUCAAGCUCCAGCUGAUCCCCGACCUGUCGCCGCGCGUGACGGCGUACCUGGAGCGCGGCGACGACGCCGAGGUCGCGCCGACGCCGGCCUCGGGCCUGCGGCUCGUCGUCGAGGCGACGGGCGACGCCGACGAGCGCGACGCGGGCCCCGUGAGCGGCUGGGUCGUGGCCCACCUGGCGCGGCGGCGGGACGUGAGCGACGGCGCGUUGAGCUGGAGCACGGGCGCCGAGGGCGGCUGCGUCGGCGUGUCCUGGAAGUGCGUCUUCGUGACGCGAAGCAACGCCGACGAGCUGCUGCUCGCGACGCCGAAGCUCUCGAGCGAGGCGCCGAAGUGGCACCCCGAGCACGUGCGCGCCGUCUUCGACGAGCACAUGUUCGCCGUGUCGUCGCUGUUUAGCGACGUGCCCUUUGUGCGGCCGCUCGGUCUAGAGGAUAGCCGCGACGCCGUCGGCGGCGGCGCGGGCGACCACUUCCAGCUCGCAACGCAGCCGGCGCACCUCGGUCCCACGGGGCUGACUGAGGGCCUGCGCCUGAUCGUGCUCGACCCGGCCUGUGCACUGCUCCCGGGGGGCUCCCAGCGGCUCGGCAUGGAGCGGCUCAGCAGGCUCCGUCCGGGCGACGUGCUCGACGCGACCUGCGACUCCCAGGGCAACGCGUUCGUGGCACCGACCCCCAUAAACGGGGCACGGCGCGGAUCGUUGAAAAAAAAGAAGAAGCAAUCGUUCAAGGGCACGGACGCGCUCACGUUCCCAUUCGACCGGCGGGACGUCGGCUGGGCCUGGACCACCGCGACGCCCCUGCGGCCGCUUGUCGCGAGCGCGGAGCGCGCCAAACCGCUCAGCAGUAUUCCCGCGCACCUCCACGAGCAUUCGGACGCCGCGCUGUUGGCGGCCUGCCGCGCGGCGGCCAAGGGCGAAGCCUUCGACUUCGACCUGAUCCAGCGGCGCGCGGCGGCGCUCGACGACGGGCGACGGCUCGGCGCGCAGCCGCACGCGGCGCUCCGGGACCGCAUGGCGCACCUGCGCGCGCUCUUGUGGUUGGAAGAGGCAAGCACGACGCUGGACCUCGAGGCGGCUGACGUAUUUGAAGUGAAACUCCGGAACAUCCAGGCGCUCCCGGCGCUGACGACGAACCCCUACUACGCCCCGGCGACACCGUGGAAGUGGUUUGGGUUCGCGCCGGGAACCGUCAUCUCGGAGGCGGCGCGCUGCACGCUCACUGUUCCCGGCGCGUCGGAGUCGGCGUCCGGCGCGCGGCCGCCGAUCCAGCAGGGCGACGCCAUACGCCUCCGCCCGACGGAGCAGAGCCGGCAGCUUUUCGCCGAGCUCGCGGGCGGCGUGUACGAGCUGCGCGCCGUCGUCGCGGACGUGCGCGCCGACGUACUGACGCUCGCGCUGCCGCGGUGCCCGCUGAUUCAAAAGCUCCUGGAGCGGGAGGCUCAGGGCGCCGCCGAGAUGGCCUGGCACGCGCGGUUCCGGCCGCAGCAGGCUGGCGCCAAAUUCCUGCACGACGCGCUGUCGCAGAUCGCCGCGGACCCCGCUCCCUUCGAGCGGAUCCUCCUCGGCGGCGCGGGCACCGACGCCGGCUCUGCCGACAACGGCGACGCGGUCGACGACGUCCCGGAGGGGGCGCUCGACCUCAACGAGCAGCAGCGCGCCGCCGUCGCCGCGAUCACCGCGCCGUCGCCGCGACUCCCGCCGGUCGUCGUGUUCGGUCCGCCGGGCACCGGCAAAACGGCGGUCGUCGCGGAGGCGAUUCGGCGCCUGGCGGCGCGGCGCGGCGCGCGUAUCCUGUGCUGCGCGCCGUCGGAUGAAGCCGCCGACGUGCUGACGCGGCGGGUGGCGGCGGCAAUGGAGUCGCUGGAGCCGCACAAACCGCCGUCGCUUCUCCGUCUCAACUGGUGGCAGCGCAAGCAGGAUUCUGUGGCCCCGGCGCUGCUGCGGUACUGCUCGACGCGGGACGGCCAGUUCGAUGUGUUCUCGCGCAACAACAUCAAGAACAAGACGGUCGUGAUCACGACGUGCGCUUGCGCCGGCGUACUGCUGCGCAUGGGUCUGCGAGGGCAUUUUAGCCAUAUUGUUGUCGAUGAGGCGGCGCAGGCGCUGGAGCCGGAGGCGCUGGUGCCCGUAGCGCUGGCCGGACCGGCGACGCGGGUGACUCUUGCCGGCGAUCCGAACCAGCUCGGACCGGCCGUUAGAUCAACAGACGCGCUCAAACGCGGCCUUGGCACGUCUCUGCUGAAGCGACUCCUACUCACCGCGGCGGAGCUCUCCGGCGACGCGCCGCCCGGCCUGAAGCGAUUCGGAUUGGGAAGCGCGGCCCGCGUCGCGCCGAUCGUCUGCAAGUUGAACACAAAUUACCGAGCUCACGGAAGUCUGCUCGCGCUGCCGUCGCGGCUGUUCUACGGAGACGCAUUGGUCCCUGCCAGUGAGACCGCGCACGCCCAAUUGUUACCAUGGGAGGGCACGUCGCUGCUGUGCUGGGGCGUAAAUGGCACCCACGCGCACGCCGUCGACUCGCCGUCCUAUCUCAACCACGACGAGGCGAACUGUGUGGCGUCGCUGCUCGAGUCCUUGCUCCGGAGCGACAAGGUCCAGUGCGAGCCACGCGACGUCGGCGUGCUGUGCGCGUUUCGGGCGCAGACGAUCUUGAUUAGGCAAAUGCUUCGUGCGAAGAAUCUCGGAAACGUGAUGGUCGGGCAAAUCUACGACUUCCAGGGGUGCGAGCACAAGGUCGUCAUCGUGACGCUGACGUUGAGCCGGCAACCAAUCGCGAACCGCGACGAGGACGACGACAGUGCGCCUCCGAUCGGUUUACUAGGUGCGAGGCGCUUCAACGUGGCCGUGACGCGAGCGAAGGCCCUUUGCGUGAUCGUGGGCCAUCCGAAACUCCUCGCGGGCGAGCCGUACUGGCGCGACUGUCUGCAAGAUUGCGUCGACCGCGACGCCUACCGCGGUGCGAAGCUCGAUGAGGACGGCGACGACGCUCAGGACGACGACGUCGCCGCCGACCUGACGGACAUGAUCGCGUCGAAGAAUCUCUUGGGUGGCGGCGACCUGGAUCGGCUCUAUCCGCGCGGCGAUCGCGCGUUGCGAGCGCUCCACGCUUGCGAGACGGCGUGGCGGAUUGCGCUCUGA